UUGUAAGUGUGACAAACUGGCAAAUACAGUGACAACAAAACCAGAACAAUGUAAACUGCUGAUGUCAAUGGGUAUGACGAUGCUUAAAAAUGAGAUGAAGACUGAAGUUGAGAGACUGUCAAGGAAAGUCCGCUUUCGAAUUGCUUCUUCUCAUAGUGGGAGAGUACUAAAGGAGGUGUAUGCAGAUGGAGAAACUGCAGACUCUUUAGAUUCUGAAUGUGCCAGUAGUUCGGAGACUGACCAAAACAGCAGACUGAGUGAACUGGAUGGACAGCAGAAUGGACAUUUAGGAUCGGAGUGUGAUGAAAAUGAAAAUGAGCAGGAUGACUUGCUCAUUUUAGCAAGAGCAACUAAAGACAAGGGGUUUGGUACAAAACGAGUCAACAUUCUAAGCAAAAAUGGUACAGUCAGAGGAGUUAAACAUAAAGUCAGUGCUGGUCAAGCUCUGUUUGAUAAUUUGGCAAAAGUGUUUCAGCCUCCCAGCUCAUUUCUAGAAUUUGGUCGCAUCAUAAUUUAUACUACCAGCCUUCGUGUGGUUAGAACCACUUUUGAAAGAUGUGAACUGGUAAGGAAGAUCUUCCAAAAUCACAGAGUGAAGUUUGAAGAGAAAAACAUUGCUCUGAACAGUGAUUAUGGAAAAGAACUAGAUGAAAGGUGCAGGAGGGUAUGUGAAGUUCCAUCACUACCUGUUGUGUUUAUUGAUGGCCAUUAUCUUGGGGGUGCUGAGAAAAUUUUGUCAAUGAAUGAAUCGGGGGAGCUUCAGGAUCUCUUAACCAAAAUUGAGAGAGUGCAGCACCCCCACGAGUGCCCCUCUUGUGGGGGUUUUGGCUUCCUUCCAUGCUCAGUGUGCCAUGGGAGCAAGAUGUCAGUGAUUCGGAACUGUUUUACAGACUCUUUCAAGGCCCUCAAGUGUACUGCUUGCAAUGAGAAUGGGUUACAGCGCUGCAGGAGCUGUGCAAGCUAAGAACGACAUCUUCCGAUAUAUAAAACCUCAUUUUAUGUUACUGCAGCAGUUUGUUAUACGCUUUUUUAAAAAUGAUCCUAUUUACCAGAUAAUGAAUAAAAUGUAUUUGUAAUACAAUUUUGUUGAUUUGAUUGCUGAAGCCAUUUAAUGCAGGCCUUUGCUCAUAUCCUGUACAUCUCAGUAAGGAGAAUGAAGAGGCCAUUGCUUUCUUUAUUAGAAGUUAGUGCUCAUAAAAGCUACCAGAUUGGCAGCCUUUGGACCUGAAGCCUUCUCUGUUACUAAUGAAUGUUAGUAGUAGAGUAUGAAUCGCCUCAUGCUGUCCACCCAAGUUUCAAGACCUGACCUGGAGAUAACACCAGAACCUUUACCAUCUUUAUUUCUGUUCUCUGGGUGAUGAGUCAAAGCAGUGGUUGUAUGAUGUGUACUGAAUUAAGACCAAGUCAUUGAACAUGGUAUUUCACAAAAUAAAAUGUAGCAUUUCACAAUAAAACAAAAUCAGUUAUGACUUUCAUCAGUACUACCCUCAGCCAAAUUUUACCUAGUGACUGAAUGAUGAAUACAAAUAUCCCUUAGCAGCCCCCUGAUCUUUCAACUUCUUGGUACUUCCAAUGCCAAACUAUUUUCAAUAGGCUGUUACCUAAGUAUUUGGUGUUUUAGAUUUUACUUGCAUUGAUCAUUACCUGUCAUAAGAAUGUACAGGUCAGCUGCAUACUAGAGUGGUAACAUGGCAUCACAAGAUAGAUUUAAAAACUGCAGAGGACUAAAACAAACAGGAUUAGAUUUUUACUUUCUUGGCUUAGUAACAAAUAAUCUUUCCCUUCCCAAAGGUCUUUUCUGAUCGGAUGGAUAUUAACAUUGCAUUCCAUACCAUAUCCAGAAUUCCAAUAGUAUAUUCUGCAGUGCAGCAUCAAUUAUCAAACUCUUUGAACUACAAGGACAACAGGAAAGAAUUUGCAAUGCCUUCUUUGUGUUUUAUAUUACCACAAAGAGGCAGCCUCUGUUUGUGUCUAAUGCAAAAGAACUGAUUGGAUUAAUGGAAAAUGGAAUGGUAUUAGAGAAUAUGCUGAUGGUUACAGUCCUGCCAUUUCCGAUGAAUGAAAAACUGCUCCUUUUGCAUUCGAUGCCAGAGUUGUUAAUGCAUCCAACAGAUAUUCUCUAAGCACACUCAUAAUGAAUGUCAUGAUAAAUACCAUAUAAUUAAACUCUUUCCAAAGGAAAAUUACUACUAAAAGCAAAAGAGAUUUCCAGUUCAUUUAUGGAAAUGAAAACCUAAAGCCUAUCACUCAUAAAAAUGUAAGACAUGGAGUAGAAUGAGAAAAAUAAAUAAUCCAUCCUUCCACAGAAAUUAUUGAAGAUGGAUUAAAUAUGGUCAAAAUAUAUUUUACAAAGCCUUUUUUUUUGUUUAAAAAACCACUCUUUUCACCAAACCGAAUUAUUCAACUGAUCUGGAGCAAGUGCUUAAAACUAGCUCUCUGGCUCCCUGAAUCAAUGCUGUGGUAAUCAGGCAACUAAGUCAUAUCUGCCAACAUGCCUAACCAUUUUCCAAAAACCUUGGAAAGGUCUUGGUUUUGUUUUGCAACAGCAUGGAAGUAAUUUUAAAACCUUGAAACAGAAUUCUUGUUUUCUGAGCAGUCUUGGUACAGAUAUAAAACGAGAUAUAAAAUAACAUAAAGACCAGACAGUUGUCUUUGUGUGAACCAAAAUAGAUCACAGUAAUAUCAAAAUAUGAAACCACUGCUCAGAUAAUUAUUAUACUGCCACACCUUUAAUGGAAUUAUAGUCAUCUGCACCAUCUGAGGAUCUGCCACUAAUGCUCUCCUAUAUUAAGAAGCUAUCCUCAAAUGUCCUUAAGCAUAUCUAAUAUAGUUCCAUUCUACUUUUAUUAGAAUACCCCUGUGUCAUACAGUCCAGUUUCAUUGCUUCCUUAUAUGGUUUUGUAAGAGAAGCUUCACCAGAUUUUGCUUGCCUACAGUGAAUGAGGAAAUCAGAAGGCAAAGUGCUGGUAGCAAAUGAAGUUUUAGAAGUUGUAAGAGUUUUAUGGGGGAAUAGAGAAUACAGUGAAAACUUGAGAAAUACUAAGGUACAAAAAUGAAACAUUAUUUAAACCGCUAGGAACAUUAAAGGCUGCAAAUGAAUUAGCAUUACAACACAAGUCUUUCUUUGUGUUUUGAAUUUUUAAGUGAAGCUUCAGUGUGUUUUAUCCAUCUGCACUGUCCUUCUAGCUGGUCCACUAGAAAAAUAAAUUGAGAACAAAAGAAAUGCCAGUUUUGCUAUGCAGUAUAUUAUUCCUUAUUAUUACUUGGUACAGUUUUGGGCCAGAUCCUUGGCUAGCAUCAAUCAAGCCUAUUACCACUGAUCUCAUUGGAAUGAUGAUAGUUUAAAUUAGCAACAGAAAUAUGCAUAGUGGUUUACUGGCAUGAAAGUAAUGUACCCUUACCAUGCAUAUUGUAGUCUAAGUUUAAGCUAUAUAAACAUAGACAAAGAGCCUGAUUUUCUUAUGAUUUACCUGCAUUUUAUAGUAGCAUAACACUAUUUACUUCAACUGAGUAGACAUUGUUCAAUUCUGCUGCAUAUGAGAGGAGAGUACGAUCCACCAAUCUGGUAGUUUAAACCACUGGAAAAGAAGGCUUUUAUUGCCAAAUGUGUUUAAAUUAAUCUGAAGGAAUACAGAACAGAAACAAACAUGGACCAAAUUGUAUUUCUCCCCCCACAUAUUUUAAAUUGGAAAGAGGGAUCAGGGGCUGUCUCCCUAACAUGCAUGGCUCAGGUGUGUAAGAACCACAAAUGAAUGCUUCAAACUUUACAAAAUCAUGUAACCCCUGUGCUGGACUCCCUGCCAAGUUAUGCUUUCUGCUUCUGAGAAGGCGAGUAGGGUUGCAGAACUCUUGUAAUAAUUAUCAUGUAUGCCACUGGGUGAAAAAGCACAUUAUAUCUGACACUGGUAUGCCACAGCCAUAACACAUUCAUUGAGUGGCGUUCUUUUUCCAUUUACUAAUAUUCAUGCCGCAGGCUUAAUACACUAUAAUCUGCUCUCUGACUUUCUAGGAGGAAUGUCCAUUCUGUUGCAAGGUCAAAAAUCAGAGCUUCCUGAUCUAAAAGUAAACACCCUACUAUCUAAUGGAGAAAUGUCUUUAGCUAAAAACAAGAAAGAGGCUAUGACUUGCAGUAGAGAAGUUCCAUUUCCAGAAGUGAUAUAUGUAACCAGUUUGCCACAUGAUUAUGAUAAGGCAGAGAGAAUGCAGUCGCUGUGGAAGACAACAGAAAAUACCAGACUGUCCUGCAAAUGAGUACUUCUAGCUAGUAGGGAAUACUAGACCUGGCUCUCAGAAAUAGGAGGUGCUUGAGGACAGCAGCCAGAAAGACACAAACAUAACAAAAUGGUCCUGCAGCAAGUUAAAAGUCUGGUAGAGUCUGGAUAAGGGCUGAUUUCAGCCCUGUGCAGAGAGUUACAGCAUAAAGUGCUUGCUGAAGUCCUGUUGACAUAGUCCUAGAAUGGAAGUUAUUGAAGGUACAUAGGUCUUGUGCUCUGGGGUGAUUUUCACUCCGGAUGAGGAUGGAGUGCAAGUGAAUCUUUUCCUUUGGAGAAAAGAGACUUCUAUAAUUCUAGCAAGAUUUUUUUACCUUUAUUGUAUGAGAUUUUUGUUUUGUUUUUAAUAACGAGCCGGUAUUUAUCAAGUAGUUCAUGUUUCAUUUCUACUGUCUGAUGUAGGGAUUUUGCUUUUUGUUUAGUCCCAUGUUCUUUAAUAAACUUUUUGGAU